AUGGGGCUGGUGUUGGACAAGUGUUCAAGGGCACAGUGGCUCAAGGGAGACCCUACCCUUCUUCCUCCUGCAGCAGGCCCGACCUCCAGCGCCCCCAGUCCCCUGCUGGCCUCCCUGCCCCUGCCCAGCCGGCCUCUGCAGCCCUCGCUGGACUUCAAGCACUUGCUCGCCUUCCACUUCAAUGGUGCGGCCCCGCUCAGUCUCUUCCCCAACUUCAGCACGAUGGACCCCGUCCAGAAAGCAGUCAUCAGUCACACGUUUGGGGUCCCCUCCCCUCUGAAGAAGAAGCUCUUCAUUUCCUGUAACAUCUGUCACCUGAGGUUCAACUCAGCGAACCAGGCAGAAGCACAUUAUAAAGGCCACAAACAUGCCAGAAAACUCAAGGCUGUUGAGGCUGCCAAGACCAAGCAGAGGCUGCAAACCCUGACCCGGGAUGAGGCAGUGACAUCUCCAACCUCGACUUCAGCUAGUGAAGACCCCGGAGAGUCACAGAGCAAAGUUCCUACGGCCUCUCCACUCCAGUUACCACUGACCCCAGACCUCACAUCCAGGGAGCCAGCCCACUCGGACCUGGUGGAUGCUGCCUCCUCUUCCUCUUCUUCUUCCUGCCCACCCUGCUCUCCAGAGCCUGGGAGAGAGGCACCAGGGCCUGAGCCAGCAGCGGCCGCUGUGGGAAGCGAUGUGAGUGGGGAAUGCAGGAGUGAGAAGGGACGCCUCUACUGCCCCACGUGUAAGGUGACAGUGAAUUCGGCCUCCCAGCUUCUGGCCCACAACACAGGGGCCAAGCACCGGUGGAUGGUGGAAGGUCAGCGAGGGGCUCCCCGCAAGGGCCGAGGCCGCCCAGCGCCCCGGGGAGGGGCUGGGCCCAAGGCCAAGAGAGGGACAGGAGGUCGAGGGGGCCGACAGGGGCCCAGUCCCCCUUUCCACUGUGCUCUCUGCCAGCUCCAGGUCAACUCAGAGACCCAGCUCAAGCAGCACAUGAGCAGCAGGAGGCACAAAGAUCGCCUGGCCGGGAAGCCCUCCAAGCCCGCCAGCCAGCACAGCAAGCUGCAGAAGCAUGCAGCUCUGGCUGUGAGCAUCCUCAAGUCUAAGCUGGCCUUGCAGAAGCAACUCACCAAGACGCUGACAGCCCGCUUCCUGCCCAGCCCACUCCCCACUGCAGCUGCUGCCAUCUGUGCCCUGCCGGGGCCCCUGGCCCUCCGACCCGCCCCCACAGCAGCCACUACCCUCUUCCCAGCUCCCAUCCUGGGCCCAGCUCUGUUCCGUGCCUCAGCAGGGGCUGUCCGUCCUGCCACAGGACCCAUUGUCUUUGCUCCCUAUUAGCCCUCACGGGGAGGCCAGGGCUGAUCUUCCAGCAGCACUGUCCCCUCUCAUCCUCAAGAUGCCCCCUCCCCAUUUCCUACAUCCCACAGGGACGGACUUUUUUACAGUCUAGGGGUUCCUGCUCACUCUGGAAGAGCUGAGCUAUUUUUAAGGCAACUGCCCUUCAUUCCCUGUGGCACUGGAUUCACCCAGUACCCACCCCGAUCCCAGGACCGUCUCCCCUGCCUUUCCUGGGCUCCCAGGGUUAGUCCUAGGCUCCCCUGCAUUUCCCAGCCUGAUUAAUCCUAAAGAUCUAUGCAAAAUCCCAAUCCCAGUGGUGCUCUGUUUCCCCAAGACCCACACCUACCUGGCUAUCCCUAGGCUGUCAGCUUCCAAAAGCAGCCUGUCCUAGCCUGGGGCAGGCUAUGGCCUCUGCUCCCAUGCUCACCAGAUUCUCUGCCGUCACUGUAGAUCAGCACUCAGAGGACAUAGAGAAACGGGACCUAAGAAUCCCUUGAUCAACAGUGCAAAGGUGGGGUAGGGCCAAGGGGUAGGAGGCUGGGGCUGAAAGCCCUUGGAGGCCUCACGUGCCUCCAUGAGACGGGCUGAGGAUAGGGGUGGUGAGGGUGAGGUUCUGGCUGGGCCUAGUUUUAAGAAAGGAAGUGACCCACCCCACAAAUGCACUUCCUUCUUAGCCUUUCACUAAUUCCUCCUGAGCUGCAGCUCUUAUGCAGGUGGACACCAAAUCUCCCCAGGGCUCCCAAAAGAGCUUUCUGGACAGCCCCUACCCCAAACUGGUCCCAGUGCUCAAGUCAACCUUCCCUCCUCCCAGCCAGCCCCAUGCUGUGACACUGAGUGCUGGGAAACACUCUCAAGACCCAUUUCCACGCUGUCAAAGUCAGUGUCACCAACUCCACCCCACCCAGCACCGCCCCUCACUCCACAACCUGGGACUUUGCCAGUAUGCACCUUAUCUUUUUUCUUAAAGAUAUUUCCAAUGGGAGAACAAGACAAAGGGGGUGGGGGGACACAUUUUGAUAACAGCAGAUGUGGUUUUAUUGUGUCCAGUCAAUCAAUAAAUGAACUUUGAGCCCCAGCCUGUUCAUGCCCUAAUUCUCCUUGCCCUGCCCUGGGCACUUGUCCCUGCUCACCUCUCGUGGGGAGAAGGGCGUGUGCGGAGGCUGCCUGGCUGUAGUGUCUUAUCUACACUAGGUGUGCACGUCAGAAGCACAAGAGGGCACAGGAAGUUGUGGGUUAUAAGCUCACUUUAGAGCACGUCUGAGUGUGUAACCACUCUUCUGAGCCCCGACAGGAGACCUGUCAGCUCCUGAGAAGCUGCUACUGGUUUGCCUUGUUCUGUUCAGGCAUCUGAGGUAAGAAGGAAGGGCUAAAGGAGCACCUUGUCCAGCCCUGACCAUGGCAGCAGGCAUAUAAAUACAGGUAACAUAAAUAUUAGUCCGGCUAUUUGCUGAAAACCACCACAGGAAGGGAUGAAGACCAAUCCCCACCAGCAGAAGUUCACCUUUGGGCACUGAGCAGCCAUUAUGACAACUGAGGGUGGACAGUGCACUCCCGCUCCCUGGUAUUUGCAGGAAGAGAUGGGUCCCAGCCUCCAGGGCUGGAAGGCAUAGCACCUUGAAGAGGGGGAAGCAAGGGGUAUAGUCACAGACUGCCCAAAGCCAUGGGCUUUAGAAACUGAUAGAGCUGGAAAGGAUCUAGAUCUUCUAAGCAACUCCCAUCAACAUACAGAUGAGAAAACGGAUGCCCAGAAAGAGGGGAAAGGCCUUGCUAGGUCAUGAAGUCAGGUGACUCCCAGCCCAGCUGUCAUUCCAUUCUACCUCAGCCAAUGAGGCCCAGCUGCUCCCUGAACAGGAAGAGGGAGUGAAACAACUGGGGAGGAAGGGUUAAAACAGAAAAUUCCACUCCCAGGAGGCUAGCUUCUUCCAGCCAAGGAAAGGACAGGAGAAAGGUCAGGGAGAGGGAUGAGGAGACACCUCUCAUGGCAGCAGACACACACGUUUGCAGGUGUGCACGUCUCCAUGCACCCAUGCACGAUGCCUGGACACCCUUAGAGU